AUGCAACGUUGUAGUGAAUCAGAGUUCCUUGAAUUUCGCCAACGGAUUAAGGAAUCAAUCAGGAAGAAUACGCAGGUCGAAAACGAUAUUGCUCCAAAUUCAGAGCAGAGUAAAAGAAAUCCUCCGUAUAACGACUUUGGUUCCUUCUUUGGUCCUUCUCAGACUGUUAUUGCUCCAAGAGUAUUACGAGAAAGCAAACCGAUGUUCGAAAACAAGCUUCUGACUGAAAAAAUGUUGAACUCGAUCCAAACUAAGAAAAGUUCUGGUUCCGGGACUAAGAAUCCGAAAGAGGAGUUGAAAAGAAAAGUUGAGAAACUUAAAGAUUCAAGAGACUACUCAUUCCUUCUCUCUGAUGAUGCUAAGCUUCCUGUUCUCAAAGAGGAACCACUUUCUCAAAACCCCGCUACUCCGAAUCCUAGACCGGAUUCUUCAGGCAGCCAAUUGCAACCUAGACCGGGUUCUUCAACUAACGGUCAAGCGAAGAUGAAGAAAGUCUCUUCGGUAAAUUCUCAAACGCAUCGAAAAAGUUCCAAAUUAAGUCCUCAGAGAGCAGAUUCAGUACCAAGAAGUCAAACUUGUCAGAGACCAUUAACCUCAUCAAAGCCAUUGACUUGUGUUCCAAGAAGUCAAACUAGUCAGAGACCAUUAACCUCGUCGAAGCCAUUGACUUGUGUUCCAAGAAAUCAAGGAGUAAAACAGAGAAAAGUAUCUCAAGAAGUCACAUUGUCUCCUUCGAAAAGUAUCUCAAGCAAGCCACCAUUGAAACGACAACCUCAUCAACUAAAGAAGAAGCUGAAGAAGAAAAUGUCGAAAGAUGAUGAAUUAGCGUUGGAAAUGGUUAGAAAAAUGUGCAACACUGAUCGUUAUAAGGGUCGUGAUUUCGAUGAUUAUGAUGAUGAAAACAUGGAAACCAACUUUCAAGAUUUGAUCAAAGAAGAGAAACGAAGUGAGAAGCUCGCGAAGAAAGAAGAUGCAGAGCAACUACGCAUCUUUCUCAAGUUGUACACUACCUGUUCGAUGAAAUUCCUCAAAGAGGGGAAGAACUUGAAGCAAAGACUAUGCUUAUACGAGGUUACUUCUAUUAGCUCUUCCUCCAAGGGCACAAAAAAUGGUGAUUUGGUCGCCUUCGCUUGUAAGAAGAUUUGGUAA